AUGUCUGUUGUGGUAAAUUUAAAAUCCUUCGGUAUUCUCACACCGUUACGGCUGCACGUAAGAGAAAUCCACAACAGAUGCAGAAUUGGAAACCGGGAUUGGGUGGGGUUCGGUAUAAACGGAAGUGCCAAUUACAAGGAUGAUCCUCUUUUUCCCUUCCCGGCAGUGAGGUUCAAGGAAAACACGAGGGAUGUCUGUGCACUCCGUGAGAAAGAGAAGGGGGACUGGCGGAUGCUGUGUUGCGAGGAAAAGAAGGCUCUAUACCGAGCUUCAUUCUGCCAGACAUAUUCAGAGUUCCAACAUCCCACGGGGCAGUGGAAGAUAAUAGCAGGCAUUGGAAUUGGAAUGACUUCUUUCACGUUUUGGAUUAUGAUGCUUAAUCAUUACUAUGUAUUUGAACCUCUGCCUGCUUCUUGUUCAAAAACGUCACAGAAGGCUCAGCUGCGAAGGAUGCUGGAGUUGCGUGUGGCUCCAAUAGAUGGCCUCUCCUCCCACUGGGAUUAUGAUAACGAUCGCUGGAAGAAUUAA